UUUAGCUCCGCCUACCGUACGUAAUACUCCCGCCCCUAAUUCAGGCAGUCUCUAGCUUGGCGUCGCCUUCUACGAAGCGUCGUCAGAAGCUCGAGUGCGUUCCUGUUUCGGUGGUCACUGGUAAUGUUUUACUGAUGAAGUUGUCAUCUAAACUUGUUGGCAAAGGUCCCUUGUGAAAGGAGAAAAGUCUAAUACGGGGAAGACUGCAGGCAGAAUCCUUCUUCAGCAGCUGAGAUGUUCCACAAGCAUUUAUGAGUUCCAAAAUGUGGUACAUAAUGCAGAGUAUUCAGAGCAAAUACUCUCUCUCUGAGCGUCUCAUCCGAGCUAUCACAGGCAUUCGUUCUUUCCCCCAUGACAAUGUUGAAGAACUCAUUCGACGGGGAGCUGAUAUCAACUGUAUGCAUGGCACCCUGAAGCCGCUGCACUGUGCCUGCAUGGUGUCCGACGCCGACUGCGUGGAGCUUCUGCUGGAGAAAGGUGCCGAGGUGAAUGCCCUGGACGGGUAUAAUCGCACGGCUUUGCAUUACGCUGCGGAGAAGGAUGAUGGGUGCGUGGAGCUUCUGCUGGAGUAUGGAGCUGAUCCCAAUGCCCUAGAUGGUAAUAAAGACACUCCACUUCAUUGGGCCGCAUUUAAGGACAAUGCAGAGUGUGCACGGACCCUGCUAGAGAAUGGAGCGGCCGCUAACAGUCGGGACUACAAUGAGGACACUCCUCUGAGCUGGGCAGCCAUGAAGGGCAACUUGGAGAGCGUACGCGUGCUCCUCGACUAUGGAGCCCAAGUGCACGUGACAAACCUCAAGGGCCAGACGCCCAUCUCGCGCCUCGUGGCACUGCUGGCUAGAGGUCUGGGCACCGAAAAGGAAGAGGCCUGCCUGGAACUGCUAUACAGAGCAGCUGGACACUUUGAGCUGCGCACCAAUGGAAGCCUGCCUCGGGAGGUAGUGCGGGACCCCCAGCUGUGUAGUCGGCUCAUGGCUCUGUGUACAUGUCCCGGCAGUCUGCGGACCUUAUCCCGCCAUGCAGUCCGCCAGUGUCUGGGAGUACAGUUCCUACCGGAGGCAGUCAAACAGCUGCCCUUACCCGAGACUGUCAAGGACUAUUUGCUUCUGUUGAGCUGAUGCCCUCUGUGGCUGACUUUGCCAGCCUGUACUCUCAGGUGGAAAAUAAAAGUCUGGGAACAUUUGUUCCAGUGGGCUGCUUAAUAAACACUCCUCUAGCAUUUUCAUUCA